AUGAGAAUUGAUCUUUCUGUUCCAAAGGUAAGAGUAGAGUUAGAACUCAACAAGCUUCUUGGGAAUGGUUCGUGCGGUUCGGUGAGUCUCAUCAAGUACAAGGGACGACGCGACGGUGAAAUGCUUUACGCCGCCGUGAAAACCUCUAGCGUAAUUCACGCCGACUCUCUCCACAAAGAGUUUCAGAUCCUGUCCGAAUUCAGAGGAUGUUCCAGAAUCGUCCAAUGUUAUGGGACCAAAGUGCAAGAGAGUAUCAACAGCGAAGGUGACGUGGAGUUCAAGAUUACCAUGGAGUACGCAUCUGGAGGAAGCUUAAGAAAUUUUAUGAACAGAUUCAAGGACAUGAAACUGCCUGAUCCUUUGAUCAGAAGGUUUACGCGUAUGGUUCUCGAAGGUUUAGCGAUAAUUCAUGGACACGGCUAUGUUCACUGCGAUCUCAAACCCGAAAACAUCCUCGUUUUCCCGAGUCUCGAGUUAAAGAUUUCUGAUUUCGGGUUGUCCAAAAGAGAGGGUGAUACAAACUGGUGGACUCCUCAGUAUCCGUUUGCGGGAACACCGAUAUACAUGUCGCCAGAAUCGGUUUCUCAGGGCCAGACUAGGAGAGGUUUGGAUUUAUGGUCAUUGGGAUGUGUAGUGUUGGAAAUGUACACGGGAAAGAGACCUUGGUGGGACAAAAACUAUGGCUUGGAAGAUCUCAAGAAGGGUUACAUGCCUUUGAUUCCUAAAGACCUUCCUUGUGAUGCAAAACUCUUUGUAAUGACUUGCUUCGCCGCGGAGACUGACAAGAGAAAAAACGCUUUUACACUGUUGAGGCAUUGCUACUUGCGUGGAGAUGUCAAUAAGAUCACAGAGCCGCCUCUUGUGAAGAGUAAUAAUUCUAAUGAUAUAGCACUAGAGUUGGAGAAAAUUGAACUCAGGCUUUCGCAACUUAGGUGUAAUAUUGGUGGUGGAGAGACUAGUUGGAAUUGAAAAGUCCAUGAGUCUAGCAAGACCCAGCUGGACAUCUAGUUUUGCUCUUGAUUAAGAUUCUUUAAUAUAACCUUGAAGGUCUUCGGUACAUGCAUGUAGUUUGAUGUUUGCUUUGAGAAUUUAUGUACUUGGUCAUUUUUCUUGUAUGGUCCGAUAAUUAUACUAAGAUUCGGUCAUGUGAUCUUGUCACUUGCCAAAUGUAUGAAUCAAUCAAAAAACAAGUGCCCACAAAAGAAACCUCAUUAAAUUGACAAGUUCACAUAAUACAUUCACGAGGUUACAAAGGUAGAGAGAUUAUGAAGCAAAUACAAAUGAUAAUUACUGUCCGGGGGCAAAGUUAGUAGCGUAAGACCAGGCAUUGUUAGCCACAGGAUCAGCCAAGUGAUCAAACAAGUUCUCAAUGGGACCUUUACCAGUGACAAUGGCUUGGACAAAGAAUCCAAACAUGGA